AUGGUUGCCAAGAUUACCGGGCUUCUGGCAGUCACUGCUACAGCCGCGUCAGCGGCUGUGCUCGACUUACCAGUCGCAAUCAAGAAUUCAUACCCCAGCGUCAGGGUUGACAUCGGAACGCCGCCCAAGGAACACCGAUUAUUGUUCGACACCGGCUCGUCGACUAUUUUCAUCGUCAACACGGAUUGCACCGACAAUUCUUGUCCAGAUCAUAGUGCAGCAUACUAUACCCGACAGAAGUACAAUGCAUCAGCCUCUUCAACAGCCAAAGACCUUGGUUCUUCGGCGAACAUUCCUUACUUGGGCGGCAAGGUUGCUGGAGACAUCUACCAGGACGUCUAUAGCCUCCUAGACGGUACAUUGGAAUGGAAUCAGACCUUUCUCUCUGCAAAUGAGAGCAGCUGGGGUCAGAUCACUGCUGAUGGCUUCCUUGGCCUUGGCUUCUCCUCCAUCGCAGAGCCGAACACGUCCACGCUGGUUGAGACGCUACUAUGGGAGAACAAGCUAGAUGCGCCACGUUUUGGCCUGUUCUACGGCACGAACUUGGAGUCCGAGGGCGCGCAAGACGGUGUAUUGACGAUCGGCGGCAGCAAAGAAGACAUUUACGUGGAAGGCGAGACAAUCUUCACCCCCUUGCACAAGGAAGACCCGUACCAGUUGUGGCGUGCGCCACUACGGAGCGUCAACAUCCUCGUUGCACAGAACGCCUCCGACCCAAAUGCCACGGUUGAGGUCCAUCACGGCAAGAUGCCCACAACGUCAAUAGCUCCUGGGACCUACCUACGUACCAACGUAACGUGGAACAUGUUCUCCUCCGGAAGAGCUGUAUUCGAUACUGGGGCUGGAACUCUCGCGGUUCCCGAGGAAACCGUCUCAGCCAUGUACUACAAUUUGGGAUGGAACAUCACCAAACUCUACAACCACGAGGAGGUCAUGGAGUGCAAGCAUUCGAACGCUUCAUGGGCCGUGACUUUGACCCUUGGUGAUGGUGACCCAAAAGAUGAUGUGUCCUUCACCAUUCGCGGUGAUGAGUUCUUCAGGCCAGGUCAGAGGUGCAUGCCUCCAUUAGAUGGCAGUGGUACAUCGAAUUUUGCGUUAGUAGGUGCCUCGUUCUUGAAUAGGUACUACUCAGUGUAUGACUUUGGCGCCAGCAAGGUCGCGGACUAUAAGCCAAGGAUCGGCUUUGGGAGGUUGAAGAAGCAGUAUGAUUACAUGUAUCAGUAG